CCCCGUUUUCCCCACCCCCUCCUAUUAUUCUUAUUCUUUUGAGUAUUCUUCAUUGUCAAGCCGCCAAAGUGGAGAGUGUGAUUGCAGAAGGGGGUGCUUCUCGUUUCAGCGAGUUCCUGGGGAAAACCCCAGGGCAAAGCGUUCAGAGAUGGGUUCCUUCACGAAGCACUAGACGAGAUGCCAACUCCAGCAACGAGAAAGAGCGACAUGAUGCAAUCUUCAGGAAAGUGAGGGGCAUACUCAACAAACUCACGCCUGAGAAGUUUGACAAGCUAUGCCUUGAGCUCCUGAAUGUGGGCGUAGAUUCAAAACUCGUCCUUAAAGGAAUCAUCUUGCUGAUUGUAGACAAAGCCCUAGAAGAGCCGAAAUAUAGCUCGCUCUAUGCUCAGCUAUGUCUGCGCUUGGCAGAGGACGCACCAAACUUUGAUGGCCCUUCAUCUGAGAUCCAAACAUCCCAAAAGCAGAGCACAACCUUCAGAAGACUGCUGAUAUCCAAGCUUCAAGAUGAAUUUGAAAACCGCACAAGAAAUGUUGAAAUCUAUGACAAACAUGACAACCCUCUUACUUCUGAGGAGGAGGAGCAGCGUGCCAUCGCCAAGAUCAAGAUGCUUGGCAACAUUAAAUUCAUCGGGGAACUUGGCAAACUUGACCUCAUCCAUGAAUCUAUCCUUCAUAAGUGCAUCAAAACACUUCUGGAAAAGAAGAAGAGAGUCCAGCUCAAGGAUAUGGGAGAGGAUCUGGAAUGCCUCUGUCAGAUAAUGAGAACAGUGGGGCCGAGACUCGACCAUGAGAAGGCCAAGUCUUUAAUGGAUCAGUACUUUGGCCGUAUGCGAUCCUUAAUGAACAACAAGGAGUUGCCUGCUAGGAUCCGCUUCCUGCUGCAAGACACAGUGGAGCUUCGUGAAAACAACUGGAUCCCCCGCAAGGCCUUCAUCGACAACGGACCAAAGACGAUUAACCAGAUCCGUCAGGAUGCAGUGAAAGAUUUGGGUGUUUUCAUCCCAGCACCCAUGUCUCAGGGGAUGAGGAUGGACUUCUUCCUGGAAAGCCCUUUCAUGCCCAACAGAAUGAAACUGGACAGGGAGACACUUGGGGGAUUGGCCGACAUGUUUGGACAGAUGCCAGGCAGUGGGAUUGGAACUGGGCCGGGUGUUAUUCAGGAUAGGUACUCGCCCACUAUGGGACGCCAUCGCACCAACCCACUCUUCAACGGCCACAGCGGCCACAUCGCGCCUCCUCAGCAGUCGCAGUUUGACAUGGUGCCCAAGUCUUUUGUUAAGUCCAACCAGGUUCAGAACCAACAUUUCCUCAACCAGAGCCAGAACCACCUGAGCCAGCAGCAGGCUCCGUCCAAGGACAUGCCUCCACGUUUCAGCAAGAAAGGACAGCUCAAUGCCGAUGAGAUCAGCCUCAGGCCUGCUCAGUCAUUCCUCCUCAACAAGAACCAGGUGCCCAAGCUUCAGCCUCAGAUCCCAAACAUGAUGCCUCCCAGUGCCCAGCCCCCACGCACCCAAACCCCUCCACUAGGACAGCCUCCACAGCUUGGCCUGAAGACCAACCCUCCACCUAUCCAGGAGAAACCCCAGAAGACCAACAAGAAGCCGCCUCCUGCCAAAGAGGAACUUCUAAAAACCACAGAGGCGAUCAUGACCGAGUACCUAAACACCAAGAACCUGACUGAAGCCGUGAACGGCGUGCGCGAGAUGAGAGCACCGAAGCAUUUCCUGCCAGAGAUGCUCAGUAAGAUCAUCGUGUGUUCCCUGGACCGACCCGACGAAGACAAGGAGCACGCCAGCACUCUGAUCCACACCCUCCGCACCGAGGGGCUCAUCACUGGAGAAAAUUUCAUGCAGGCUUUCCUCAACGUUCUGGACCAGUGCCCCAAGAUUGAGCUGGACGUGCCCCUGGUGAAGUCCUACCUGGCCCAGUUUGCGGCUCGGGCCAUCAUAGCAGAGCUGGUGAGCGUGGCGGAGCUGGCUCACCCCCUGGAGAACGGCACCCACUUCCCGCUCUUCCUGCUCUGCCUGCAGCAGACGGCCAAGCUGAAGGACCGCGAGUGGCUCACAGAGCUCUUCCAGCAGAGCAAGGUCAACAUGCAGAAGAUGCUCCCAGAAAUCGAUCAGAACAAGGACCGCAUGCUGGAGAUUCUGGAGGGGAAGGGCCUGAGCUUCCUGUUCCCGCUGCUAAAGCUGGAGAAGGAGCUGCUGAAGCAGAUAAAGGCAGACCCAUCUCCACAGUCCAUCUACAAGUGGAUUAAAGACAACAUCUCGCCCAGGCUUCACACUGACAAAGGCUUUGUCAACAUCCUCAUGACGAGUUUCCUCCAGUACAUCUCCCAGGAGCUGUGCAUGACGGAGGGCGACGAUCAGCUGGCUGCCCCCCCCAAGGAGCAGCUGGAGCAGGAGAAGCAGCUGCUGCUGGCAUUCAAACCCGUCAUGCAGAAGUUCCUGCACGACCACACCGAGCUGCAGGUCAGCGCCCUCUACGCUCUGCAGGUGCAAUGCAACGCCAGCGGCUUCCCUAAAGGUAUGCUGCUGCGCUACUUUGUCAACUUUUACGACAUGGAGAUCAUCGAAGAAGAAGCCUUCCUUGCAUGGAAAGAAGACAUCACCCAAGAAUUCCCUGGAAAAGGAAAAGCUUUAUUCCAGGUAAACCAGUGGCUCACUUGGCUGGAGACGGCAGAGGAAGAGGAGUCUGAGGAAGAAGCCGACUGAGAAACCAUCAUGACUUAGCUCCACCGUUUGUUGUUCUUAGACACACUUUUUUUUUUUGUCUUGUUUUGUUUUAAACACCACGCUUGAUUUAACCACUACCACAUGGCACCGAGCUGCUUCUGUGUAUCUAAACUGAGAGCUUAACGUGUGGCGCUGACCUGUUGCCUAAUGUGGAGGUUUUGGAUCCCCCCCCAAGUUUAAAGUGACUUUACCCUGUUUCUGUUCUUGUUUUUGGUUGCUUUACUUUCUCACUUUCCAUGGUUGUUUUUCCACUUAUUUGAAACUUCUCACCUUUUUACUUUCCUUGAAGCGAUAAAAUAAAAAGCUCAACAGAUUUAACUCCAGCUAUGAAACGGUCUUGAUAGUGAGCUGCUUUGUGAUCGUCCACCUUGGGGUGAAACCCUGAACGACAACAGUGAUGAUUGGAUGAUCCUCAGAGCGAGAGAAGCAGGGCAGGGUGGCCAGAUGUGGCCGGCUAAACAUUUGUUGGCGUGUUAAAUCAACCAUGCUCACAAAACCCAUUUUUGUUCCCCUCUCUGUUUCAGUUGAACAGUCCUCUGCAUGAUCAGGAGCCCCCCCCCCCCCCUUUAUCUCCUACGUGUUGUGUAUGACGAGUGGUUGCAAUACUCCAGAUGUUACGACAGUUUAAUAAAGCUGUAAUCAUCGUUGUCACGCCGAAACGUUUCAAACUUGCCUGUUUCUACCUCUUAGUUAGAUGGGCUUCUUGGUUUUGUUCCGGGAUGAUUAUGAGAAUAAAAUUGAAGUGAUAUUGAGUCAAAACAAAAUGGUUAAGCAUUUCAUUUAGUCCUGGCCUAACUGCACGCUGUACUCUUUAAAGUAUACAUUUCCAAGGAGGCUUCACAUGGUUUACAAGUAUUAAUUGUUUUCAAGAAGGCGAAGUCAUUUCUGCAGCUUAGUAACCCACUAGAAACCUACCCAUAAAAAUGCAGUUUUGUUGCAGAGUUGGGAAUGAUGGUGAGAAAGUGGCUUAUUUUUAUUUGACUUCAAUAUAAAAGUGGCUUUUUUUUUUUUUUUUUUUUUGGUGGAAAAUAAGACUGAAAGGUAAUACCUUGUGUUUUCUUACGUGUAACAGCUAAACAAUUAAAAUGUACCCAACAUGCCCAGGAAUUGCGCUGACAAGCCAUGUGUAUGUGUAGGGUGAUGGAUUUGAUCUUAUUGUAAGGUAUUCAUAAUUAUUGUGCACCUCUGUUGCUUUAAUGUCAAUAAAGUCCAGUACAUGAGAA